AAGGAGAAUGCUGAAAUCCGUUAUAAUUGAUUGGAUAAAUUGCCAAUUUUUGCCUUCUUUGUUUUUUUAAAUGAACAAAGAAUUAACACGUAAACGUUCAAAAUAUCAUAGUCAUAAAAUUGACAAGUUUUUAAUACAAGAAUAUGAACAUCGUAAAAAAGAGAUACAAUUACUUUUAAUUGGUCUACCAAAUUCUGGCAAAAAUACAUUUUGUAAACAAAUGCGUCUACAUUUCGGUGAUGGUUUCCCUGUCACAUAUCGUACUGAAAUGAAACCAACCAUAUUAGCCAAUAUGACAGAUGCUAUAGCUAUGGUGCUUGAAUAUAUGAAAGAGACAAAUAUUACAUUCUCAGAUAUUUUAGCUCAUCGACUUCAAGAAUAUUUAGUAAAUAGUCGAUCAGAAAAUGGAUGGAUUACAAAAGAUUUUAUUAUUUACGAUGAAAAUUACAAAACUAGCAAUCAUAAUCACACUGGUCACCAUUUAUUCAAACGUCAAGAAUCCACAUUGAAGCCUAAACUAAAUAAUAUCACCGACCAGUUAAAUGCUCCCGGUUAUUUUAACCGUCAUUCUCCGCAUAUCGAUAAUAAUAAUAAUAAUCAUAAUAUUGAUGAUCAGAAUACUAGUAAUAAUAAGAAUAAUAAUUACUUAAAAACUAGUUUCAGUGCAUCCAAUCGUACAAUGUACAAUUCUCCUCCGUCCAUUGAACCGAUUCAAUCAAGUGGCGCGAAAUUCCCUUUAUACAAUAUUGACAAUUUAACCAAUGAACCUUGUUUAAAUACUACUACCACAACAAUGACGACGUCUACGUCUACAACGACAACGGAUAAUAAUACUCAUAACCCUACCAAUACAGAAAGUUUAACUGAUUCAAUCGUAGAGAAAUUUCUAUCUUAUGUACAUGAAAACAAUUCUAUUCCACCGUCUGUCCUGAAAAAAUUCGAAUCAAUCAUUGGUAGAAAAUCAAUGGAUAAUUGGCAAACUCUUAUUGAAGAUAAACAACUGUUACAUGAUUUAAUUCAUUAUUUAUUACAAACUGGCAUUGAUAAUUGGUCAUCAUUUUUAAUGUAUCAAUCUAUUGUCCCACCACCGAUUCCGACUACAUUACCUCCAAUCUCUGUAGAAGAUGAAUUGUUGAAUUAUAUUGUCACGACUAGUGAUAGUUGUGAUACUUCUGACGAAACCGAUGACGAUGAGGAUGGUGAUGAUGACGAUGAGGAUGACAUUGUCAAUGGAUUGACUGGUUCUUCAAAUUCAUCGUUGACAAAAACUUUAGUCAAAGGUAUUUCUGGUAAUGUAGAUACGGAUGAUGAUGACGAUGAAGAUGAUGAAGUGGACGGAAAUGAUUGUAUUGAUCUUUUGAAGGAUGUAAACGCCAGCGAUGAUUUAACUAAGAAACCAGUGAGAAAAAAACUAUCAGUGGCCGCAACAAAACGUAAAAAUAAAGGUAUUGUUGACAAUCAUCAGUUGGACAAUUGUACACAAACUGCACAAAGAAAUUAUGUUGAAUUAAAUAGUAAUUUUAAUUUUCUAGAAUUUUCCAUUGAUCAAUUAAAUGAAAUGAAUUAUUUUGAGCAUAAAAUUUCAUUGAAUUCAUUACAAAUUAUUAUGAAAAUCAUUACAGAUCAAAUGGAAUUUCGCAGAGCAUUUCUUGAAUAUUUACCAAUUUUAACACAACGAAAUUAUGCUGGUUCAUAUUUUAUUAAAUGUGUCGAUAGAAUUAUUCAAGAUGAUUAUAUACCGACUUUACAAGAUUUAUUGAUUAUGAAACAAUCAUCGAAAGCUGUCAGAGAAUCUCUCAUCUCGAUUGGAUCAGUAACAUUGAGAACAAUUAAUUUAGGUGAACACAGUGAACAAUUAAAUAAACAAUUUCAUUAUUUUGAAUCAGUCAAUAUGAUAUUAUAUUUUAUUUCAUUGGAAGAUCUAUAUCGAUUUACUUGUAUUCAAGGGAAUAAAAUUACUGAUCAUCAAACAUUUAAAUUAUUCGAAGAUAUCAUUCAUUCACCAGAUUUAACACGUAAAGAUAUUAUUGUAUUUUUAAAUAAAUGUGAUUUAUUCAAAUCACUUAUUACUUCUUCACAAACCAAUGAAGAUACAAUCACAACAACAACAACACCAAUGAUGAUUAUGAAAAAAGAUGAUGAUGAUGAGAAUCUUGUUGUUAAUAAAUCAGAUUGGUCUCUAUUCAUUCAACUGAUCAAAUCAUCCCUAACGCAAUCAUGUAAUCAAGCAAAUAAUAAUAAUAAUAAUAAUAUCAAAUCUUCACGAUUAUUUUUUCAUGUGACAUGUGCAUUGGAUAUUGAUGAAAUGAAAUGGAUUUUGAAAGAUUCUAUACGAACUAUUUUUGAAAUGAAUCGUAAACGUCAUUUGAUUUUUUAAAUGAAACAAAAAAAGAAAGAAUAAUCACUUUGUUUAAUUUUGCCUUAAAUUUGUUUGUUUGUUUGAAUUCACCGUCUCAUUGAACAUUGAACAUUGAUCAAUGAUGUGAAUUAAUUUGAACUAUAUGCGCGCAAGUCAAUAUGGCGGACACGUGGCGGGUAGAUUGAAUAACUCAAUCAGUCAAUGUAUAAAUAUUAUUAUAUUAAUUGAAUUGAAUUCUGUAUUUUUUAUGAUAAGAGAUUAGAAUAAUUUUUCGUAUCAUAUUGAACACAGUAAAUAUACAUAUUCUACUGAUAAUAUGAAGAGAAUAAUUUUUAUGAUUUGAAUUACUUUAUGUUCAGGAUUCAGUUGAAAAUUUUAAAACGUAAAAAUGUGAAAUUGAAC